CCGCUGGCGCACCGCGCGCGGCGCUCGCCCCCUCCCCCGCCCGGGCUGUGGCGCGCGCGCUCGCCGGCCCUCCCUGCAUUUUUUUCCCUCCCCUCCCUCCCAGCCUCUCUCUCGCUCCCUCUCUCCCCUCCGAGCUCCCGGCUGCCCGCGGCUCGCUCGCGCUCUCCGGUCUCCGGUCGGCUCCGGGCGAUGCGAGCGCUGCGAGCCAGCGCCGCCGCCUCCCGCUAGAGACCUGUCCCCCGGGCCGGCCCCCGGCCCAGCCCUGCCCAGCGCGCGGGGGUCGGCGAAGGCGCCGCGGACGCACCGACGGCUGAGGAUCGGCGAUGCACAUGCACUAGCAGCACCCCCUAACUCACUCCCUCCACGCGCCGCCGCCGCCGCCGCCUCCUCCUCCUCCGGCAGCAGCGGCAGAAGGACCCACCCUGCCCCCCACCCCACCCUCCGCCGGCUCCGGCUGCGGCUCCUGCCUCGACUAUUAUUUUAUUUAUUUUGGGUUGUGCACCAGCCUCCGUGCCUGCAGCCCGCGCCUCCUCGGACCGCGGGCUCCUCCUGCCUCGGCGCCCGAGCCCCAGACCCCGGCCACCCUCGCCUCGACACCCCCAGAGCCCCGCCAGCUGCCGCGAGUCUCCGCUGCUAGAAUCUUGUGAGCGGCUGUCAUUUGGGGGGGCUCUGGUUUCCCGACAUUUUUGUUUUCAGCCAAAGGGAGGAGAAUAGCGAGAUUUUUUGUCCCCCUUUGAGCCCAGGCUCUGCUCUCUGGGGGGGUGGGGGGCGCGCCGAGCCGGGGAGCCGUGCCAGCCGAGUCGUGCGGGCUGUGGCAGGGAAGGGGCCGCCAUGGGAUGUACUCUGAGCGCCGAGGAGAGAGCCGCCCUCGAGCGGAGCAAGGCGAUUGAGAAAAACCUCAAAGAGGAUGGCAUCAGCGCCGCCAAAGACGUGAAAUUACUCCUGCUGGGGGCUGGAGAAUCAGGAAAAAGCACCAUUGUGAAGCAGAUGAAGAUCAUCCACGAAGACGGCUUCUCGGGAGAAGAUGUGAAGCAGUACAAGCCUGUCGUCUACAGCAACACCAUCCAGUCCCUGGCAGCCAUCGUCCGGGCCAUGGACACUUUGGGCAUCGAAUACGGUGACAAGGAGAGAAAGGCUGACGCCAAGAUGGUGUGCGACGUGGUGAGUCGGAUGGAGGACACCGAGCCCUUCUCUCCGGAGCUGCUGUCUGCCAUGGUGCGCCUCUGGGGCGACUCGGGGAUCCAGGAAUGCUUCAACCGCUCUCGGGAGUAUCAGCUCAACGACUCUGCCAAAUACUACCUGGACAGCCUGGAUCGGAUCGGGGCCAGCGACUACCAGCCCACCGAGCAAGACAUCCUCCGAACCAGGGUCAAAACCACCGGCAUCGUAGAAACCCACUUCACAUUCAAGAACCUUCACUUCAGGCUGUUUGACGUCGGGGGCCAACGGUCUGAACGCAAGAAGUGGAUCCACUGCUUCGAGGACGUCACGGCCAUCAUCUUCUGUGUCGCGCUCAGCGGCUAUGACCAGGUGCUCCACGAAGACGAGACCACGAACCGCAUGCAUGAGUCCCUGAAGCUCUUCGACAGCAUCUGCAACAACAAGUGGUUCACGGACACGUCCAUCAUCCUGUUUCUCAACAAGAAGGACCUGUUCGAGGAGAAGAUCAAGAAGUCCCCACUGACCAUUUGCUUCCCUGAAUACACAGGCCCCAGCGCCUUCACGGAAGCCGUGGCCUACAUCCAGGCCCAGUACGAGAGCAAGAACAAGUCAGCCCACAAGGAGAUCUACACCCACAUCACCUGCGCCACCGACACCAACAACAUCCAGUUUGUCUUUGACGCCGUGACGGACGUCAUCAUCGCCAAAAACCUGCGGGGCUGUGGCCUCUACUGAGCCCCGGCCUGGCCUCCCGCCCGCCACCCCACCCGGCCCAUGCCCCCCACCCCCGGCAACCAGAGCUCGGGCCUCUCAGACUCUGCACCAGCAAGCACGGCAGCUGGCACCGAAGGGGGAAGGACCGUCCACGGCCGCCCGGCCCCAGACAUCAGAGCACAUGGUGACACGGGCCGGGCAGGGUCUGAGUACCCGUGCCAUGCCUGGGGCGGGCCAUCCCUGCCUGCAGCACCCUUGCCAAGUGCUUUAUCCUCAGGAGGGAGCCAGGGCCGCCAUCGGGGCCCCGGUUGGGCAACCCCAGCACAUGGUGACUCAGACUGGAAGUGCCAGGGUUGUGCAGGUGGCAGGGGCAGCCGUGGGGCGGGGCGCUGGAAGGGGAGGGGCAGUGGAAACCAUCGCUCAUCUUUUCCUGGGGUCUCUCUAGUCCGGGCAGCUCCGUCAUCAAAAGCCAGGCCGGGCCUGGGCCUGCUGUGCGUGGGUCCGAGGGCUCAGGCCUGGGUGAGCGCCUCCUCCUCCCCCCGCCCCCCUUGGAUCUCAGCCCUGGGGUGCAAGCCCUUCCUUCUCCGGGCCCUCCUUCCAUGCACACCCUUGGGGAGCCCUCAUCCGGGACUCCUCGUGGGUCUGGAAAAGGUUCUGGUUCUGAGACUGACUGACUGCAAAGGCAUGUGGUGGACGGUGGGAGGGCUGGAGUCCCGCGGUGCCUGGACAGCGGCCAGGGAAGAGGUGGGCGGUGGGGAUGCCGAGGGGAGGUAGCGCGUGUCGACGGCAAUGGCGCCUCACGCCCAUCCUUGCAGGCCCGUGUGACCCAUCGCCUUCCCCGUCUCCGCGUCUCAGGGGGCUGCUCCGGGUGUUCGUAGCUGUGCUUCUCCUUCGGAAGUUACAGCGAAUUCGACUCAAGCCGGCAGGGGCUGGGUGGACGCUGUGCAGGGGGGAGACGGGAGGGGGUGGACCCAGCCCCUGAGGCCAGUCCCCAGCUUCCCUCCUUCUUGGUGUCCCGCCAGCCCCUGGGGCAGAGGAGGGCAGGUGUCGGGACCGCCACCCUGCAGUGUGCACUGGCAGGGGCCCGGGCUGGCUCUCCCAUCUACCCCCUCCCCCAAGAGAGUCCCCAGACCUCUGGAGGGGCUUCGGUAGGCAUGGGUGGGGAACCUCCGGCGACCCAGGCCUGGGCUGGCCUCCGGAAUCGGCACUUCGGUUGGCUGAUGCCCGCGGCCCGCAGCCCAGGCAGCCCCUGUGUGCCCAUGGGAAGAGCGCCUUGAGGGGGUUCCGGCUCCCUCCUCGAGCCUCUGCCCUUCCAGCCACCCCGGGCCCCCCAGGGUCACCCCUGACUGCCAGCAGCUCAGGGCCGGCCCCCGGUUCCUCCAGGCCCCCGGUUCUGGGUGGUGGCUGGCAGAUGCACAGCGCUGUCCCUCGUGCCAAGUGCCUGCAGGAACGGGGGCCCUGGCCGAGCCCAUCCCUGGCUCGGCUCUCUCGCUGUCGCCCAGCUUUCUGGGAAAUCCCAGGGCAGCCGGCCUGCAGGAGCCACCUCCCACCCAAGUCCACCGGGUGCCCUUCCCCUCGUGCUGCUCCUGCACAGCCGCCGGGGCCGGGCGGAGGACAGGCCCCUGGAGCCAAAGACUCGAUGUCCCGUCACAGGCUACCAGGCCGGUGAAGCCGUUUUGCCCAACAUGGAGGACACAGUUAUUUCCUGGCAUCGUCACCCUGGGUGCGGCCAGCUGUGCCCCUACCUCUGCCCUGGGACCCCAGACUCAAAAGCAAUCGACAAAAAGGGGGAUGCUGGCCGAGCCCCACCAUCAUCCCAGAGGUGGAAGUCACCGGCUCUCCAGGCCCGGGGCUCCCCUCCCGGCCGCCCCCUCGCAGCACAGCGGUCAGAGCACUCCUGCCCCCGCCCUCCCCGGCCAUUAGGAGGAGCUGGUCGCCUGGCCCUUCAUUCAUGGCCUUCGUCCCAGGCUGCCUUUCCCUCCCGGAUGUGCUGCUCCAUGGCUUGCGUGCUCUGACCCUCCGGGCCUGACCAGGGUGUCCCUGGCUGUGCAGGGCAAGUCCUGGAGGGGAGGGUGUCCGGGGCGAAAUCCCCUCGCUGUCCUCCGCGUCGCCGGGCCACGUUGUCACCGAGGGCCCCGCCAUGGGGCGUAACAGCUGGAGAUGACCUGAGUGUUGGCUCCGUCGCCGGGGGAGGGGGAGAUGUUGUGAGUGACGUGCUGUGGGUGGUCCUGUGCUUAGUCCUGUGCAGAGAACUGCGAGGUCCCUGAGGCUGUCUGGCCUGCCGGAGGGGGCAGGUGCCCCUGCGGAGCCUGUGGACUGUGGUCUGAGGAUGGGUGGGCUCUGCCCCCACCCUGAGCAGAGAGCACCGCUCUGGGUGCCGCUGUCGGAUUGUGGUCAGGCUCCCCAACCCCCAGUGCGGACGGGGGACCCUCCCUUUGGGGGGCCCUCCCUCCGGGGGGUCCUGGGGCUCCAGGCAGGUCCCACCCCAGCAGACGGAGGCCCUUGUCAGCAGAAGCAGGAAGCACCCCCCUCCCCCCUCCACACCCCCGAGUCCUAGAUCCAUGGCCCUCUUGGGCAGAGGGUCCCUCUGGAAGGAAAGGUUUCACCCCCCACCCCAUGCACCGAGACCACCAGGGCGAGGACACCCCUUGCUCAGCAGCCAGCAGCUCCACACACCUCUGCUCCUGUAGCCCCUUCUCCCACCCCACCCCCAAUCCCCGCUGCCUCCCCGCCGGCCAGGCCCUUCCCUCCUGGGCUUUCUGCCCCUCGUGGUUCUGCCCCAGCCCCCACUGCCCCCCAGGCCUCCCCCACUGCUGCUGCGGCCUCUCUGCUCUCCUCCCGCUCCCGCCCUCCCCCCCCCCACCCCAUCCCAGGCAGGGGUGGGCUUGGGCGCCCCCUCCCUCUUUCCCAAACCUCUACCUUAGGUGCCAGCCGUCCCACCUCCCCAUCCCGCCACCUCCGCCCACCCCACAUUAACUGUAAUUUUGUAACUAGAGUGACUUGUGGGUUUAAUAAAUCUCUAGUGGUUGUCAUAAUUUAUUGGCUGCCGUCACGUGUGUAUUAGUCACCUCCGUUAAUAAAAGUGCCAGCUCUUUCUAGCGUGAGUGCGGUGUCCUGUGUCCGUGCCCAAGCCUCCGCCAGGCGCACCCACACGACACGCGUCCCGUGCCCAGCCCCAGGUUGGUCCUGGGGGCCGCCUGGUGCAGGGGGCACGCCUGCUGGGGUCCGAAGGAUUCCUGUGACUGGCCGCCCUGCCCACCGCUCGGGGUUGUCUGAGGGCCGAGGCUGGUCUUUCCCGUGCAGAGCCCGCCUUCCCGUCCUUGCGUGCGUGGUGCCCGCCCCGAGCCGCUCUGGGGGGUGGGGCCCAGCUCUCCUGCUGCCCUCAGCGCCCUGAAGCCCAGCAGGCAUAGGGCUGGGGGCAGACAGGCAGGUGGCUGCAAGUGGGGGUGGUGGCUGUCGUCUGGCUGUGACCUCUGGCUUCUCUCUCUUUUCUCAAAUGGCACCGCCUCCCCUUGGCCCUGUAUUCCGGCAUCUGUUUCCUCCCGGAAGCCGGUGAGGACAAGCUGUGCUCUUGGCUCCUUGGUGAUGGGCUCCAGUCUGCGUGGGGAGGGAUGGCACCCCUCUCAGUGCCGUCCCGGCCGCCCCCUCCCCUCCCCACCCCCCCAAUCUCCAGGAUCAGCUCUUCUUUCCGGACACUCCCGAGCCCUCCCUCCCGGAGAAUCCGGUCUGACUGUGCGCCGUGUCCUCUGCCUCCCGGCUCCUCCGGGCCCUAUGCCACUCGCUGCAGGCCCUGCAGACGUUUGACAUGUGUGCACGCUGCCUCUCCCCACCUAGACUGUGAGCUCUGGGAGAGCAGGAGCCUGUGUGGCCGGUCCUACAGCCCCCAGCCGCUGCAGAGGGCCUCGCACACAUCCCGCCUGUAUUGGGGGUUGGGGGGGGGUGGUGCGUGCGGCUGUGCCGGUCAGAUCCUUAGCUGAGAGCUUGGCCUGGGCUUUUCCUCCAGACCUAAGCCCGGGGGCCUCCAGGGGAAGAGACCUUCAGCCCAGCCAAAUGGAUGCACUCCCCACUCUCAGCUCCUCACCCCGGUGGUCCCUCUGGUCCUGGGAGCGCCCUGGGCAUAUGUCCCCACUGUGACCCCCAGUGUCUGUAGACAAAGCGAUGCUGGGACGUGUGCGGUGCCGCUGGGCGCUGGGUUGAGUGGCUGUGGACCGGGGGGGCUUUUCCUGUAGCGUCCGUGGGUGUCGGAGCAUCUCUGCUCUGCUCUCCUCGGAGCCCGGUGAGCCGAGCGUGCACAGCCCCAGGCCCUGCCCUUGGCCUGCGGGGAGACCUCCACCUGCCCCUUGACGGACAGGCUCUGAGGUGGCCCGGGGCUGAGUCUCGCUCUUCCCCGAACAGGAUUGUGGGGGGACCAAGAAUGAAGGUGGCUGGCUGAGGCUAGGAGGGUGGUCAGAUCACAUGGGUUUGCCGGAUCUGCUUAGCAGAGUAAAGGGACAGUGGCCGUGACGGCAGGUCCCCGAGGGAGGAGUGACCUUGCCCAGUGGCUCCCGAGAAGCAACAGAGGACACGGGCUGCCCGCCACAGAGCGAGGUCACGGGUGUGAUAGGCGGUCCUGGGCCGUCAUGACCCUCAUUGUUUCCUCCUCUGAAGGCACUGACCACUCCCAGUGACUGGAGAGGCCUGUUACAUGGCCCAGCUCUGGAGCCGGCCACCUGUGUCACUCCCGUGCCCUCUAAGGGUUGGUGAGAUGAACUGGCACGAGGCGGGGGAAGUGC